UGGGUCAGUGGUAGAGGUGUCUGGCUCUAGCUCCCAGGUUCAAUCCCGAACACAGCAGGAUUAAAGUGUUCACCUGAACACGCAUCCUUCCCUAACAAUACACAACAACCGCUAACAUAAGGUACCGUCAUGUUGCCUCGAAGGGAAAACAGUUUUGAAUUUACUGUGAGGAUCUAGAAACGUCGACGCAGCUCACAGGAACUUUCUAGACAUACGAAUGUCACCUGAAAUAACUAGUCUUGCCACAGUGAACCCCAGCAGGGCCCCACAACACUACCAGUGGUGCAGGUGUGGAAGAGGAACACCCAGCAGGGCCCCACAACACUACCAGUGUGGUGCAGGUGUGGGGGAGGAACACCCAGCAGGGCCCCACAACACGAGAGUGGUAGUGUGGUAAUCAGUGUGGUACAGUCCGCCACCUACACUCCAACACUCGCCUGACUGACAAGAGGAUGCCGCCAGUCAGCAGGGCCGGGCAAGAGCUGUACUUCACCCUGGACUGUGUUUCACCCGACAACUCUAGGAAAUUCCCAGACAGUUGUACUUGUAAACAUACAGUGUGUGAUCAGGAGUCCGGAAUCCUAGUUGCCUGUGAAAGUGAAAAUGUCAGUCAACGAUAAUAAAUAAAAUUCUUCAGGAAAUCCUGUAAAAGUUUAGCUGGAGAUAAGAGAAGAAUGUUCCUGAGGUGAUACAACUUGGAGCUUAUCUAUGUAAUUUACUAACUUGAAUUAUAGUGAAGAUAUGAAUAAAUCAUUGUGUUACUGGAAUGAAAGCUUGGCCAGCAGCACACGUCACGGAUAAUAGUGUAAUAGCACAGGGCUGCUUGAGCUUCGUCUACCGCAAUAUUUCACGUCUCUCUUGUUAAUGAUGAGUGUAUGAUUUACCUGUAGUCAAUGUAAACAAGAUAUCUUUUAUGAUCAUUUGAUUUAUUAUGGUUAAAACUACUAGAAGCAUAACUAUACUUGAAUACAUUAUUUAAAAACAGCUGAGUGAGCGAGUCUCAAGCGGUGGCUGGCAACUGCACCGCCCCACGAGACAGCUGUGUUACUCCAGCCUGGCCACACCAGCCAACACCCUAACCUUAUGGUAUGCUAUCCAGAAUUGGGCAGUUAAGAGACAGUGGAGAGCUCAUCUUCACGUCAAAUGUCACAGGGAUGCUGGGAUGCGUGCAUCUCCCAUCUCGUGUGUGUGUAUGUGCGUAUUGUUGGAGGGCUUCACAGGAGAGACCACACGUACACGCACCUUGUGUUAUUCACUGUUUUCGCUCACGUUUCUUUGUGUCAUUGUAUAUUCUUCAGUACACUAAUUCAGAACGAUAAGUUUUAAUAUAUAUAUUGCUCUUGUGUUACAGGAUGAUGUUAAGUAGGACUGCAGGAAUUUAUUCAAUCCGAGCAACGUACCUAGAGCUCCAAUAUUAAGUAGAUCCUUUUUUCGCGUGAUAAUCAAACUUUCCUUUUUACCAACACAUCUUCACGUUUGUAAUACGUGAUAAUUGAUAUAAUUAUCCCUUAUACAUUGUAUAAAAAUCAAUUAAAGCAAUUAAAACAUUUUUAGAGAAUCAAAUAAGAGCGCCAAAUUUAGUCUCCAUAAAAUAUUUCAAUUGACCGAUUGCUACUCAGGUAUCUUAAGGUUUAGUGAACUUGUAAGAUAAGGCCAUCCAGGAUUAUAAGGGCGACUUUCCCACUAAAUAUAUGAGAAGUAGAGCUCUUGUGCGUAAGUGAACCCGUGACCUCAAAACCACAGGCGAUACACAUCACUGACUUUUUCAGGGCGCUUUUUCAACAGGACGUCAUAAAGACGGGUGUUGGGUGGGCCGCGCUCCCCUCCACCAUUGGUUCAAGAAGCUCCCGUUGCCGUAUGACGAUUACAAAUUUAUUACUCAAUAUCGUUCAUUCUCAUGUUUUCCGAUAUGAAGUGGAUUGACGAAUACGUGUUGGAGUAUGAAUUACGCGGUAAAUGGCUGCCUUGAGAGGUAAAUUGAAGCAGGUUUUAACUUACUGAGCUAAAAAUUGCUAAAGUUUGUUUCUACACUCGAUGCGGAGGUGCGCAGGACCAGCUAGUGCUAUGCCUCUAUACUUUAUGUUCCUCUGUUUACAAAAUUGCCGUCAGUGUAAAUGGAAAUGUGCCGGAGAUGCAUAAAAUAUGUAAAAGAGAAGGGUGCUAAUGAGCGAUACUGAGGAAAAUGUUUGUUAAUUGUGCUGGCUAAUUAGGAGGGCUGCUCAAUAACGUACUGUCUUAUAGAGUAGAGGAGCUGCCUCCCUCCCCCACUACCACGACGGCAAGGAAAACACACACACACACACACACACCCCAUCCUCUCGCCCUCCCUCCCUCCCUCCCUCUCACUCUCCCUCCCUCUCACUCACUCUCCGUGGUUUCGUUCCUUUCGUCCUCAGCUCCUCAUUUUACUUAUAAAUAUACAACAGACGGUAUGUGAUUUAGUUCUUACGUGUAUGCAGAAAAAAAAAAUAAUUUCAGCAUACUACUACCACGUCACAGCUAGAUGUUGUGUUUUAUCGCAAAGACGAAGACGAGAUACAAGGCCUUUUAAUAUUUUAGCAGUUCGGUUGUUUGUUUCUCUUGCGUUUAAACUAAUACAUAUUUAUUCCCAUAGAGAGUUUGUGUGUACAUCUACAGUAUAUCUGUCUAUAAUCUACUCGUUUCUAUUUAUAAUCUAUAGUUAUCUAUCUGUCUUUAUCCAGCAAACAAUAUGUAUCUUAUUCUGGUAUAGUAUUAUCUUCCGGCUAUCUUUCUCCCCAAGGAAUAUAAACAAUAUAAACUAUCAUUUUUAUCCUUACUGCUGACUAUCGCACUCUCACUGUAAACAAACUGUGACGUCAUCAUUUUCUAAGGAGGGCGACGAACCUAAAGCGUAUUGUGUGUUUACCUUAUUUUAGUUGUAGUGGGAGAGAGAAAGCGACCCCUAGUGACACAGACCCGCUGGCUAGUUCCUAUUGUUAAUACACACGACACACACACACGCAAACAUAAACAUAUCACACACAUAUAUUACACAAACACCCAGACAUUUAAUAAAACACUCAACUAUGUAUGAGUGAAUCAGGAUUGACAGAACUACAUACUCAACUACGAAACAUGUGAGAUGAAGAUAUAACAGACUGGAUAAAAGAAGUGUGCGUAGAGUAAGUAAUUAAGAAUAUGUACGAUUGUAGAGUGCGUGUAUGAGUGGGUGUUGGUCCGGGUUAUUACGACAACAAAAAGUCAGCAUUAAUUAUUUAUACUAUACAUUUGGUGAGGGACGAACAUAACAUUUAACAUUGAAGGAUAACUCUAGUGUUGGUCACAUUACCACGACCCCUUCUUCAUCAGUUAAUUUAUAUGGUAGACUUGUUCUAUCAUUUAUCACUUAUCCAGUAAAUUAGCUGGAGAGAGAGAGAGAGAGUGGGGGGGGGGAUGUGAGCUUUCUAUAUUGCAGAUAGUGUGAAGUAUAACUGUAUGUACUGGAGCAGUGUCAACAUAGCACCUGGUUGAGAGAAGUGACGCCUUCUCACACAACCUCACCACACACAACUAUAAGACGCCGAGGGAGGAUCAGCCUUACCUCACACUUGUCCCAGACACCCGCCACCAUCCUCUCUCUGUUGUCUGCUGGUGUCGCACUUCAUCACUGUUUUUCUGCGUCUGCUGUUGGGCCAUCAUCCUCCAGCAGCCAUCGCCAUCUACCGUGAUAAAAGGAUUGAGUCUGUAGUUCACUGCAAUCACAAGUUACAACACCCAACGCCACUCUUCUCGUCGCCUCCAGUUAUACUGUAGGAGGGAUGACCCGGGUGAUGGUGCUACUGAAGGUGUUGGUGCUGGGUGCUGCUGCCCCCCGAGUCACUGCAUCCCCCACGGAACAUUUCAACUCUACACACCGUGAUGCUAAAUUGUUCCUGGUGGUGAAUCCCAAGAUGUGUGUGGCCUCUGGGAAGGACGGCGCGUGUCUUCCUUACUUCCAGUGUAGCAAGUUGGGCGGCACUGUGGACGGCAAGUGUUCCCUCGGCCUGGGCGAGUGUUGUGUCUUUGAGAAGACGUGUGGUGGCUCGUCCUCUGCGAGAGUCUCUUACUUCACCAGCAGCAGCCAGGACUCCACUGACAAAGGCGUGUGUGCCCUCUCAGUUAAGAAGGCUGAGAACGUUUGCCAGCUGCGACUGGACAUGAAGAAGCUUAAGCUGAGUGAACCCGACGCUGAAGGGAAGUGUGUGGAUCAGUACCUGGAGGUGCAGGGAGUCACCAGUUCCUCCCCGAAGAUCUGUGGCACCAACACCGGCCAGCACCUGUAUGUGGACGUGCGGGCUGACGAUGGGCCCUUCACGGUGGCUGUGGUCAACGCCCAAGACAACCCAAUGUCUUCCUGGGAAAUCGAGGUGGAGCAGCUGCGAUGUGACUCACCAGACCUCGCGCCGUCAGAGUGCUCCCAGUACUACACGGGCCUCAAAGGUGAAGUUCAGAGCUUCAACUACGAUACCACCGAGUCCUCUCGCUUACAGCAGAAUGAUUACCGAGGUAGCCGCCACCUGCAGGAGACGUACCUGGUAUGCGUGCGUCAGGAGGUCGGGUACUGCAGCCUCAAAUGGACGGCCGCAGAGAACGAGGAUUACGCCUUCACCAUGACUGGAAACCUUAAAGAAAAACCUGGCUUCCCGUUGUUUAAUAGCGGCACUGACGAACUCUGUGAAUUCACCGACUACCUCAUCAUUGCUGGGGGAAUCAUCCCUGAUGAAGAUGACCCCAGCAGCGUCUUCUGCGGCUCACAGUUCCCGGAAUCCGUCACGAGUACCAGUUUCCAGGCGAAGGUGGUAGCUAAUGAGGUAGAGUUCGGUAAUGAUGACAUCGACAACCGCGGCUUCCACCUCAAUUACCAACAGGAGAAGUGCUAAGGAAAGCCACGUAAGCUGACUAGCCGGGCGAUCACUGCUACGUCAAAGUAUACACCAGACUCUACCUGUAUACUGACACACACACACACACACACACACACACCGAGAAAUACAUUAACAUGCUAGAUAAUAAUAAUAAUAAUAAUAAUAAUAAUAAUAAUAAUAAUAAUAAUAAUAAUACAUUAAUUGAGCUAAAAUUUUACGAAUAGAUUUAUUUACUGACUGAGUUUGUCGAUGAUUAAUAUGUAGAUUACUUAGUACAGAAUAGAUUGUUAGAAUGUUAAGUAGAUAUGUCUAUAUAUGUGUGUGCGUGUGUGUGUGUGUUGAGUGUGUUGAUGGGUAGUAGUGCGUGCAUGUGCGUUUUGUUAACUACUUCAAUAAGGAUUCUAGUAAAAUGUUAAUAUCUAUGAAUUUUAUGUAAAAUUAAGUACAUUCUUUUAUUUUUUAAUUUUGUGCCUGUAUAUCUAGGUAUAUACAAUGUUUAGAACGGUAGUAUUUUGUACAAAUUUUGUGCUCAUCUUUACGCACAAUAUUUUUUGUAAUAAAGUUACUAUCUCAA